GUGUAUGUUUUGCAGAUAGUAUCGUUAGCUUUCUGAUCUUCAUGGUUUUUAGAUGUCACAAGAAAUUUCCUUAAAUUUAUCAUUCCAGUAGUCUGGAAGUAAAUUUUACCAGGAGGAAGAAAAUCUCUUCAGUUUGAAGUAACAUGCAUUGCCUCCAUCACAUAAGUCAUGCAGUACUAUUAGAUUAAAAAAGAAAACAAUGAUUGUGCCUUGCAAGGAAUGAGUGCCUUCCUUUCGGCUGUACAGAAGAUUCUCAUUAUGUUGUACAAGUUUAUGUAUAUAACUUUACCAUGGAUUGUACUAACAAGCUCUUAGGACUAAAGAGUAAGGUACCUGACACAAACGUAUGGUGUAAGGAAAAUGGAUGUAUGUACUAGUAAUGGAGUAGGUGGUGAACAAAUUCUAGAAUCAGUCAGAAGUGCUAAAUUAGAAGAGGACGUGGAUUUACUUACCACCAAGGAGGGUGAAAAAGUGAAUGAAGUGAUUAUUCACUCAGAGACAGUGGUUCAGGAAUUUGUUGUUCCCAACAGUCCAAUUGAAAAGCCUGUUGCUGCUGUUCCAAGAAUGCCCCAGCAAUCUGGUCCACGGAACACAACACAUGAAGAAGCUGCAGGUGUGCCAUCGUCUGUAGCAACUCCAAGUUUUGCUAUUCCACCCCAUCUGAUGGGGCGUAAUGUUGACAACCCUACUGAGGACAUGAUAGGUAGUGGACGCAAACUUCAGAAACCUCGCCUUGGAGUUCGUGUACCAUACCGUAAUUUGACAAGCCAGAUUGUGACGCAGGAUGAAAUUGCUCAAGAAUUGCUUGAACGUUCACUGAAGAAACAUCCUGUUCAUGAUACACCUGAAGGGGGAGAUUUGUUCUUUACUAUGAAACUUACUCAGCGUUUGGCAAAUCGUUUAUCACCAUCUGUAGCAGUCAGUGCAAGCAUCAGUGGACAUGAUAUUGAGACGAUUGCUGGCAAAUCGGGGCAGUUUCAGCAGAAUGCUGACACUAAUUGCAUUCUCCCUCCUGGUUACACUUUGGUACCUGAAUCAACAGCCAUUCCUGACCAUGGAGAACUGCUAGCAAUAUUAGAAGGAGAUGCAGAUCCAGAUUGGAUACCAGAUACUAAUCCACCAACUCUCGAGGAAGGUGUUAAACCAGUGUCUCUGGUAGACUCGAGUAGGCCACCUGCAUUGAUAGAGGCUGGAUCUAGUUCAGAUCAUGUAUCUGUACAUUCUGGCCCCCCAAAACUUGAUCCAUUAGUUGAAAGAGAAAUGGCACUUAAACAGCUUAUGGAAUUACCAAUACGCAGUAAGAAAAAGAAGACUGUGGAAGGAAGUACAAAAGGUUCAAAAACACCACAGAAAAGUAGGGAACGUGUAAAGAGAGAAUCACAUGUCCAGAAGAAUGAAGCGAAGUCAGCCACAGGACCAGUCAACCCACAGGAUUCUGAGAACAACAACAGAGCCUCAGUGAAUGGAAAUUUCAAAGUUGAGGCUGGCUCAGCACUAAAACAGAAACAGGUGCGGAAAAGGAAGCUGGCAGAUGCAGGAGAACCAAAUACAAAGCAACCAAAUAUAGCUAAGAAAAAUAAGACUGAUAAGAAACCAAAAUUUGUAAGAGCCACAGCAACAAGGAAACAGGCAGUAGCCAAGAGUCCUGUUCUAAAUAAUGGCAUCAUUGGAAGCAGUGCUGUUAGUGUAACUCCUAAACGAAGAAAGAUCACUAAUCCCAAGAGCCCCGAGUCAAAAAAUGGAGUUUUGGGUGUGAAUACAUCUGGCAGGUCAGUACCUGGGACUUCAGAGGAAUCUGCCAAGACUAACCUGUCAGGUGGAAAUUCUGAUGAUGAAUUUCAAGAAUCGAUGCUUAUGCAUUCUCGGAAGUUUGCAACACCUCCAAGAACCUACAGUCCUCGGAAGAGAGUAGUCAAGCCAGGUGGUCUUUCAUCAUCACCCAAAAAGAAUGCGGUUGCUGCAAUUCUUGUGGAAGAAAUUGGGUUUGCUUUGUCUCAGUGUACACCAAAUUCCUCUAUGAAAUGUGAUGAAGGAUCCAAAUCUGGUAGUUUGUCUUCCAAAGUUCAUGCCAUACCUUCAAGAAGUACUGAAAAUGUACUUACAAAAGUGACUGAGGAUUCAAGUCCUAAAGUUCUGGGAGAAUUGACAACAAAGAAUGUGGAGACUGCAUCAAAAAGUAUUGUUGGCCUUAUAUCAAGGAAUGAGGAAGCUUCAAGUCCCAAACCAGCUGCAAGUAUAUCUGAAGGUAUAAUUAAUACACCACAGUCAGCAAAGAGAAAUAUUAAUGUGUCUGCUUCUGGACAAGCAAGCAGUGAUUCAAAAAGGAGAAGAAUGAGAGAAAUUGACCGUUUGCUUAUGGAUGAAGGUGCAAUAAACUUGCUGUAUGAAGUAGAACAAGGGGAAUCAAAACGUCGUAGUGGACCACUAGAAAGCAUUUCCAGCAGUCCCAGGCGUAAGAUGCGCUCUCCACUGAAGUCUCUGCGUAGGCAGAAGAAGGACCUCCAGUUGAAGACACGCCUUGUUAAGAAUGCGGUGCUUAGACUUAGCAGUAUUGCAGCCUCUCCAUCGACAGCUGUUGCUUUGCGUGCAAGAAGACAGAUUGGUCCCCCAACCCUCCAGUUGGCCACAAGUCAAAGUCCAUACCGAUCACUUCAGCGAAAGAAGUCACUGGACUCUAGGGAGUCUCUUCGUUCCCCGCCACCGUUAACUCCUGUUGAUCCUCCAUCACCUUCCCAGUCCUUUUCAUUCCCACCAAGGCUGCAUCUGCCAGCAGAGGCAUCCAGAAUCAUUCGCAGGCAUUCCUCAAGUAGUACUUUUUCCAGUCGCAGCACCAGUCCCAACCUGCAGCAUCGAAACAGUGUUGAUUUGGUUCAGUCACCUGAAAAUUUUGAAAACAAACCUGACAAUCAUGUGAAAGCAGGGAACUGUAUUCCUGCUUCGUCAGGCUCCAAGGGUUCUUCAGAAGUAGAUGAUACAAAACGGACAGAAGCACGUAAGAAAGGCGUUCCCAUAUUUGUCAGGAAGCUAGAAACCACCCAGACUUACAAAGGGAAGAAGAAAAAGGAGCCUAGUGGCAGUGAUACUGGAGUUUUGCAUCUUAGUGAAAAUGCCGAAAAGUUGUUGGAGAUGAAAUGCAAAGAACUUAAAAUUCAUCACAGAACUCACACAGACAUGACUAAGAAACCACCAGCAAGUGUAGAUGUUAAGAAGAAGGUUCUGAUAGGUGCUACACAGACAGGCACGCACAAAAGAAUGAGUUCUACAGUCAAAAUGAAAAUAAAAAACCAAAUGACAAAAAGUUUCCAAAAAGGAAAAUCAGUUCAACUAAAAAAGCCAGUUUCUGAAAAUCCAGUCAGUAAACUUAAGAGAAAGGAGGAUACGAGGGACAUGGUAGAUGCUGUGGAUGUAGAAAUGCCAGACUUGACAUCAUGCUUGGCUGCUGUGGCUACUGAAUUUGCAGCAGGGGAUGAAAGUGUCAAGAAGGCAACACAUUUAAGGAGAAGUUCCCACGAUUCCUUACCGGGCCCCCGUCAGGGCUCCAAGAGCCCAUCCUCCAGUCAACAGCCUCCCCUUCUGAGAAAAGAAGCAAGAGAUGUUCCUCCUCCGCUCAGCCCCAACGCUUCAAGUUACUCAACACUGAUUAAAACAUUGGAGACUGAAAGCCAGAAACCAAAAAAGAAAGAAGAGGAGGGUCAAAAGCAAAGGUCAAGCAUUCGUCAGAAUGCGGGAACAUAUCACUACAGGGAGAUUUCUCUUCGUCGCUAUGACAACCUGGUUCAGAUCAUCCUUACUCCAGCUUCUACCAAAAUGAAAAAUUCCCUUAACUUGCAGGUCCUUCGUGAACUGCGAGAAGUUCUUAAUAAUUUGAAGCGAGAUGAGGGGUGUCGAGUGGUUCUGUUGACAUCAACGGGGAGUUCAUUUUGCCAGGGAAUUGACUUCCAUAGUCUCCUCCACUCAAAUGCUGACAAACGGAAGACUGCUGCUCAAGAUUUGGCUGAAGCACUCAAGGAGUUCCUGAAAAGCCUUGCCUUGUUCAACAAGCCACUUGUGGCAGGAGUCCAUGCAGCAGCUGUGGGACUAGGAGUUACAAUGCUUCCAUUCUUUGACAUGGUUUUUGCAAGUGACAAAGCCACAUUUUACACACCUUAUGCCAAAUUAGGCCAAGUACCUGAGGGGGCAGCUAUAUUAACACUGCCCCACAUGCUGGGAAAUGCUGUGACAAGUGAGCUACUGUUUGGGUGCCGGAAGCUAACUGCUAGCGAGGCCCUGCACUUUGGCCUGGUUACGCGAAUAUUGUGGCCAGCCAAGUUCCAGGAGGAGCUGAUCCCCAUUAUUCGUAGCAUGGCUAGUCAAUCUGCUCAGUCAAUGGAAGCAACCAAGGCCCUGCUACGACAUACUUUGCGGGCAAAGGUAGAAGCAGCGUUGGAUUCAGAAGUGUCCCUUCUGGUGCAGCACUGGAUUAGCACAGAAUGCCAGACAAAUUUUCGCCGUUUUUUGGAUCAUGAAGACAUUGGAUUGCAGCGUCAAAGAUUCGACCUUUGACCUCCAAAUUAACAGAAGAGCCUGUUGAGGUAUUUGUUCAGUGGCAGUGUAUAGUUUUACAUCAUUGAAAAGAGAAGUUACUUUUUAAUAUAUUUCAAGUAUCAUUGUACAAAAUGUUUGUGGCAGGUCUUGAUAGGCAUGCUGCAAUACACUAUCAAACAAUGUGUUUAGGUAACAUUUUUUAAAUUCCCUUUAAAUCUAUUCAAUACAGGAGUAACAUGUUAAUUUUUCGAAGUUGAAAGAUUCAAAGCUCAAAAGAUUGACCUCAUAAUUGAGGCCAUGUCUGAGAUCCUGAAGGGACUGUGCUAAGAAGUGCUGAGAAACUGACUUGACUGUGAUCUGAGCCCUUUACUUCACCUUGAUGACCUGACAUUUAUUUUUGUACUGAAGGUGAUUUGUUGGCUUUCAUCUACCAGUUACUAUUCGUGCGCUGUCACCACUUGUCAUUAGGACUUCUUGUUGCUUGAAUGGGAGUAGUGCAUUGGAUGCAGAGUGGCAUAAAGGGAACAAUUACCAUUUGUCCUUAUCAUAAAAAGGAACGUACUCUUUUGUCUGUUAGCUUGUUGACACGUUUUAUUAUCUGUGUCUUGUAAUGACACCUGUGCUUGUUUUCAGUAGUUUGGAAAAGAAAUAACAGUGAAAUUAUUUUCGUAAUCAGAAGAUAGUUUUAAGGAAGACUGUAAAUAAAUCCGAUAGUAGUUGCCCAUUUGGGACAUAUACUUCUUGAGAUGUGGAAGGUGUCAUAGUUGAUUUUAAUCAUUAGCACUGUGAUGGCAAUACAAAUUGUACCAUCCAUUUUUAUAUUUAAGAAAAAACAAGGUUAUCUUAUUAAAUAAUUUCUAAGUAUUUAUUUAGGGGAAAUGUGUAGCAUACUUAUAUUAUUAUAUAUGUCAUUGUGCAUCAACAGAUGUUGCCAAAUGUAAUACACUUCCUUCCAUCACUUGUAGUAGUUGUAUUCGCUGUUUUCUUUUGUACAGCUGUCAGUUUUAUGACUGUCUAAAUACACUUAACAUUGUAGAUUAGUCAUUCCAAAUAAUUUCCAUGUCAUUUCUAAAUUUAUUGUACUCAAAUUAUUUUAAAUAGUAUAAUAAGACACAUGGAAGGCAACAAUUUUUUCUGUUGCGGCAUAAUUAGUAACCUACACACUAUUUAUACCAGAACUGAUCAUUCAGACCAAAUUUUAAACCUCUUUUUAUAUAUGCAUUCUGUUUAUAUAAAAUACUCAUGUAUUAAUCAGUUUUAAUUUUAUAUUCACAUCAGUGAAGUAUUUAAAAUUCACUUUAAAUCAAAUUUAACUCUGGAAUGAAUGAGAGGCAUUAAUUGGCUCUCUUUACUAUAUGGUGUGCCCCAAAUUCUGACCCAUAGAAGACUUUGGUUAUAUAGCCAAAUGUGAAAAAUCUGUUGCAAAUGCUGUUUCCAAUCCUAAAUGUUGGAAUUCCUUACCUAGGAUGAGCUGUUACAACACUACACUCUUUACAUAUCAGUGGUAGAAAGCUACAGUGAGGUUGCCAAGGUGUAGUGGGGGAGAGAGAGGUUCAACAUGAAAUAUGAAUAGUGAAUGAAAUCGUUGAGUUUGUGCUGGUACAGAAAUAGUGUUACAGUGAUACUAACUGUGUUUAAAUGUUUCAAGUCCACAAAAUCACACUUGCAUGGAACAGUACAAAGGUUCAUACAUCACUGCAAUAAGUAUUCAAACUGGUAUCCAACAUGUAGCUCACACAAGUGAAUAUUUCACCAUAUGCUGGAGUGCACAUGUCACAGAGGCAGUGGCUGUGCAUGCAGCAGUGCCACUGUCAGUAGCACCAACUGUACUUGUGCAUAUUGUAGCACAGAAGGGGUACAAGGGCACUGUGACUAGAUUGAGGGCUAUGUCCUGUCAUAUUUAAUAUUUUACCAUCACAGUGUAGACCUGCCUGUCUCCCAUUCACAUUCAAUCUAGGAGACUGGCUACCCUACACAUGGUUCACCAUCAUCAUCAUCAUCAUCAUCUUUGGUCUUUCAUUGCAGUUGCCAAAACAGAGCUUUAAAAUAGGCCAUGACCCCUUCCACAUUCUUUCCACAUCAUGAUUUAUAAUUGUCUUGUCAUUUCUCAUUUGACACUAUAUAGCAUAUGUAGUUGUCACAGUGUUGUUAAAUAAAUCAUGAAACAGGGAUUCAGUUGCUGUAAUGUAUCUGCACAAAAGCAAGAAAAAUUCACAUUCUGCUUUGUAAGUUCAUUAACUUUUUUUUUGGUCACUUUCAUUGAGUACAGAAGAUUUGAUAACAGAUGUUAGUAAUUUCUAUACAGUGAUUGUGUUACCAACACAAUUGCAGCCUUGCUCAGAAGAAACUGAAAAUAUUGGUAGUAAAUUUGAGUGGUUGACUACGCUUACAGUAUUUUUCCUUCGGUAGAUUUGUAUUGCUGUACUUUUUAUUAGAAUUGGUUAUUGUCUUGUAAUUAUUGUAAAUUAAAUAAUAUAGUAUGUAAUGAAAUGUGUAAUGUAUAUGACAUAAUUAGCAUGAUUACAUUGAUUUGGGAAGGUCAUGUGAAGGCCCAUUACCACCAUAAUGGAAAUAGUGAUUUCAAGUAGCUGAGAAUGUUAAUGGUUCAUCGGGUUCCUGAAAUAUAAUUUGGAAUAGAGAAGAAUGUUUAAGAAACUGAAAUUGUCUUCAUACCUAUUGUAUAGAAAGAUAUCAGUCUUAAACAAUUACACCGCUAACACUACCAUUGCUGUGUUCUUCAAGCACCGACAGAUUUGUUACCCAGGUCCCUUUUGUAGGACUCGCUUCAUUUUAGCAGGAAGAGUGCACUUACUAUUUUUAAAUCGUGUAUUAAGAAUUUUACAUGAAAAACAGAAGGGCGAGGUGGAAAAUGAAAUUUCUCAGGGUUGGCAGUUGUGGCGAAAGAACAUCAUAGAAAGAAAAUAAUUUUGUUGUUAAUUUAAUCAUUCCUUGCAUUUCCAAGUCUGCCUUAAAGACUCACAGUAUCUUAGCUUUUUACCCAAAAAGCUACCUACAAAGAGAAAUGUAGAUAUCUUUCUUUUGUGAGUUUGUGUGAAUAAGAGAUGUUCUUAAUAUAUAAUCGAUAAACUUUUCUUCCUUGUUUGUACAACAACAUAUUUUCUACUCUGCCUCAUUUUCUUGAAUUUCCUCUCUAGUACAGAGUGAACCACAAGAAAGGCCAAUAUAGACUGGUUAUAAAAGAAUCCCAAGGAACGUGAGCAUUUUCUGUUGCAGACAAGUUUCUCUCUAGCACACAUUCUUCCUUCCAAACAUAAUACCAUAGGGUGCAUACCCCAUAUGUAUAUAUGGCCCAGAAUACAAGUUUGCUUAAUGCUGCAUUCACGCACUAUACUACACUGUUACUGAGAAGUACACAUUUUCAGGUUUUUUCCUUCUGUCUUGUUUCCUUUUCCCAGUAUACCACAUGUUAACCAUUUUAUAUUAAUACAGGGUGGGGCAUAUAAACCUUUCUGAUUUCAAAAAUGCGUGGAAUAGAAAUAAAGAAAGAUGCAGGCAAAAUUAUUUUAUUAUUUGAAAGGACAUAGAAUACAGUUUUAUUUGAAUGCGAUUUAAAAAUAAUAUCUUCCAAAUGGCCACCCCCGUUUUCCAUACACUGACGGAGCCUGUUUCGGGAGUUUUCUAUGACUCUACAAGUCAUAUUCCGUGGAAUAGUGUUGAUUUCUUCGGUGAUGGCAGCCUUCAGUUCAUCGAUGGUUCGGGGACGAUGUGCCUUUGCCUUGAGGUAACCCCACAGGAAAAAAUCGCAUGGUGUUAGAUCAGGCAAUUUGGUGGGCCACCCAAUGUCACCCUGCAAAGAGACAAGAUGACCAGGAAACAUUUGUCUUAGAAUCUCCAUUGAACGAUCGAAGAUGUGGCCCAUAGCAUCAUCUUGUUGGAACCAGAUAUCUUCCAGGUCAUGAUCUUGCAAUAGUUCAUCCAAUUUCGGUAGAAGGAAAUUUUCAAGCAUGUAACAAUAUCAAGCAGAAGUCACUGUAACAACUUCACCAUCUUCGAAGAAGUAGGGACCCCAGACACCACAAUCGGAAACAGCGCACCACACCGUCACUGGAGAGCUGUGGAGUGGUCGUUGGUGAAGGUUCCGAGGGUUAUUCUCAGCCCAGUAGCCGAAAUUUUGUUUAUUUACAGUCCCGGACAGGUGAAAAUGGGCCUUGUCAAUACAGAUCAAAACAGCUGUGGAAGGGAUACUCUGCAGAAUGUCGUUGCACAAAUUUCUUCAUGUUUCAGAGUCUCUUUCACUUAACUCUUGCACUAUGUGCAUCUUGUAUGGGUGCAUUUUGAGGUCUCUGUGAAGGAUUCUUCUAACUCUAUGGGCAGAUAAUCCAAGUGCAGCAGCGUGCUUCCGUGCAGAAUGCUUGGGAGAUCGCAAAAUUGAAGCCCGCAUUCUAGCCACAUUUUCUGCCAACGUUGAAGUCCUGCUCCGGCCUGAAGAUUUUCUUUUUAAUGCAGAAGAUGUCACUCUAAAAUUUGAUGCCCAAUUUCUAAUUGUUGGUCCAGUGGGAAUGGGAUCACGCCGACCGAGAGCAAAGUGAGUGCAAAAGGCUCGCUGGGUUUUGAUCAUAGAACUGCCAUUUUUAAUAAACUCUUCCAGCACAAACACACGAUGUUCUCCUGACCAAGCCAUUGUGUGUACUGAAAACUGCACAUCUAAUGAUACCAUCCCCACCACUCUACCCCCUCCCUAGCCUCAGCAAUGACCUUGUGAAAUCGGAAAGGUUAAUAUGCCCUACCUUGUACCUUCAUUAUGCAGUUUGUUCAUACACAUUAUUUUUUGGGGCACGCAGUAGCAUAAUUGGUUGAGGCAUUAUG